UCCAUGCAGUUCACUUCAUUGUACUGAGUGGGCUCAUCAAUUAGUCAAGAAUUAAGCCUUUUUGGAUUAAGUAAUUAUCUUUAAGCACUUCGAAGAGGUCCUUAGCCAGCGGACGGAGGCGCACAUAAGUUUUGAGUGCGGGAAAGCGGAUAGAAACGACGCUCAGUCAUGCCCUCUGUGAUGGAGCGCUCGGGGGCCGGGGUCCUGUCCAGGAGCAGAGCUAAGACUGUAACCAAUGGCAACAGCCAACCACACUCUGAAGAGGAGAGCAGCGAUGAAGAACAUGCUCAUGACAGCAUGAUCAGAGUGGGAGGAGACUACCAGGCUCAGAUCCCAGAGUUCAAACCAGAUAGUCCAACCCGCUACAGUGAGAAGGACCAGAGAAGCAUGUUGGUCUGGUGUCCCAACAGUCAGCUGUCUGAUGCCAUGUUGGAUGAGUACAUCCUAAUGGCCAAAGAGAAACAUGGAUACAACAUGGAGCAGGCUCUAGGCAUGUUGUUAUGGCACAAACACGAUGUGGAACGCUCACUUGCAGACCUGGCCAACUUCACCCCCUUCCCAGACGAGUGGACAGUGGAGGACAAAGUGCUUUUUGAGCAGGCCUUCAGCUUUCAUGGCAAGAGCUUUCACCGAAUCCAGCAGAUGCUUCCAGACAAGCUGAUCUCCAGCCUGGUGAAGUACUACUACAGCUGGAAGAAGACCAGGACCAGAACAUCAGUCAUGGAUCGACAGGCGAGGAGGCUGGUCAGCAAGAGAGAGAAAGAUGACAGUAAUGACGAUAUGGAGGAAGGUGACCCUGGCAGUGACAGUGACUUUGAGAUUGAUGCCAAGAAAGAGGCAGUGAAACAGAAUCCCAGCAGCACCAACUCUGACAAGGCCACACCCAGCCGCUCUGGGCCGGUGAAGAAGGAAAGUAUCGGGGCUCAGUACCGCCACCACCCACUCCGCGCCCGCCGCAGACCACCCAAAGGCAUGCACCUCGAGCAGGGAGACAUCAUGUCCCUGUCGGCUUCCCAUGAUGCAGGGGUCCUAACUGUGCGACAGCUAGACACACAGUUAGUGUCACUCAAGAGACAGGUCCAGUCUAUUAAACAGAACAACAGCAUAUUAAAACAGGGUUUAAAUGAUGGCGUGGAUACUUUCAAACCUGCUGAGCCCGCACCUAAGAUGAACUCACGUUGGACCACAGAGGAGCAGCUCUUGGCUGUGCAGGCUAUCCGUCGCUAUGGUAAAGACUUUGUAGCCAUCGCUGAAGUGAUUGGAACCAAGACACCUGCUCAGGUGAGUUCAUUCUUCGUGAGCUACAGGCGUAGAUUCAACCUGGAUGAGGUGCUGAGGGAGUGGGCGGCUGAACAAGUGGCAACCAGCCGAGACCAGAGAGACCCCAGGAGAAGCAGUGAGGAGCUGUCAGCUGCUACAGAUGGAGCUGCAGAGGAGGACGAGGUCAAGAUGGAGGACUCUCCCUCAGACUUGGCUGGAAGCUCCUCUCCCCCUUCCUCCACACAGACCCCCUCCUCCCUAUCCCAGCCUCCUCCUCUGCUGCGCCCCGCACCCCCCUCCGCACCCCCCAGCCUCCUCCGCCAGCCCCCUCCCCUGCAGACCCGCCCACUCCAGAACCGAGCGCCCCACAAUCAUCCCCCACCUCCUCUCAUCAGGCCCGCAGUGACCACCUCGUCCUCCUCCAACGGGAACUCCAGCCUCAGGGCUUCACCUCCCAGCUCCUCCUCUGCUGCAGUGCAGGUGCCUCCAUCACUGGUCGGGCUGAAAGUGGAGCAGCCCAACUCGCACUGAUGCGCACCCAUACACACACAGACACACAGUUAUGUAUGCAUUUACACAAAUCUAGCAUGUAGACAAACAAAACACAACACUGUAACUCCUUUUUUUCCAAGCCUUUCUUCCUGGGACCAUCACACAUCACAUGACCACAUGAACAUGUUCAGGUCCCCAAGGGGACAUCACAGCUCCUUAAAUGUGACAGGGAGCGUGUGAGGACCCCCUGCAGGUCCAGUUUGUAAGCCAAUGGCCUGAAUCCCCUUUACUGUACUGACAAAGACCUACCUCCAAACCAGCGAUGUCUCACCUUAACAUACAUGACCAACUAGCUAGGAAGUCAUUACAAACACUGCAUACGCCUCCCAGCACACAACAAAAAGAGACACUGGAUUGUCAAGCUGUUGAAGAAAGCCAUGACCACAGAGUGAAACCCACCUGCUUGUUUCCAUGGCAACUGCUGAACAUCUGGAUCACCGAGGAGGAUCACAGAAUACGUAAACACACACGCACACUGUAGACUCCACCGGGCAGGUAUCAAGUCAUCUCAGCAGCCUUCAGGAAAAUCAAAUAACAAGUCGAUGAGUUUAAAGGACAAGUUGAGCCAAACCCGCUGCUCCCAACACCUAAAGUAGAUCAGAAAAUAAAUCAGAUGGCUUGAUACGAUGAGAGGGAACAUGCUUUCUGUUGUUGAACUUUGCUUUAAAAACUCAGAUGCUUAGUAAGGAGUAUGAAGGUACUUCUAUGUAAAAAUUGAGCUGAGUUGAUCGUUUUGGCUUUUAAUCAUUGAAGCUGUCGGUGCAAAAAUGGAAAACUAAAGAAGGGCAAGAGAUUUAGCCUCUCUCUCUUCUCUUAUAGCCAUGUAUUACUAGUAUUAACUGAAGUGAAGUUCCCCCCCUUUUUUUUUAUUAGACUUUUAAAGUGAGCCCUAGAUGAGGAGUUAGUUGUUGUAGUAGUUUAGGUAGUGCAAACUUUAUGAUGAUGAAAACUGAGCACUAAGGAGAAGAAGAGCCUUUGACAUGUGACGUACUUUUCCUCAGCUUUAUCUUCUGGCUCAGUGUCGAAGUCCCACCGCUUUUUUUUUUCUUUUUUUUUGUUAUUUCUUUAAGGAGUUUUUCUUGUUGUCAACCUCUACCUGUAGAAAAAUUGGCCCUGUAUGUUUGGAGGACAUUCUUGAACCAGGUUUACAGAGUGAAGGGCACCUCUGUCUUUUACUGACCUACAGACACUGAAAACAAACUGUUGUGCCAAAGCCUUUUCUUGCUUUAAAAACUCAUUGACCCACCAAAUUUCCACUUUUCUUGUUAGCUGUUGAGCAGCCAAGUAUAAAUCUCACUAGUUUGUUGAUUUUCUUUAGAAUGAGUCAAAAUGUGUUUAAGGAAUUUGGGGGAAAACUUGUAUACAAUUUUUUGACUUAACUUUGUGUUUGAAUGCUAAAUGUGAGGCUGCCUCUCGUGCUGUCUACCUGACUAAGCAAACAAAAAUCCUUGAUGGAGAAAAUGCCAGUUUUUUUCUUUCCAAUGUGUUUUUUUAUUCUUUUGUUUUCUAUCCUGGGUCAGGACGGUUAAUUCUCUGUAGUGACUGCCAGUUGCUAGGCAAACUUGCCUUCUAUCAAAUACUGUUAUUUUUUUACUUAAUAAAUCAGAUGCAGUCUGUUGAGGUUCUGGCGAGUUAGCUUGCUUAUAGUUUGAUUUUACCCAUGCAGACGUAAGGAGUGAUGAGGGGCCCUUUGCAAGAAGGUGACUCCAACGGCAAACUUUCUCCUUUAGUUUUUUUUGUCUGAGCUUCAGUCUGGCAGUCUCAGCCUUUUCACAGCCCCUUUUCAGGCACAUAGGGAUGUAAGAGGUCAAAAGGCAUCUGGAAGAAUUUAGCCAAUGUACUGUCCGCUCCUGACUUUAGCUCAUGAUUAAAGCUUGUGGCGAUACUGGCCACAUCAUGAACAAAUGCAGAGGACCGUCUGAUCCUCUGCUGUGGUUACUUGUUUGAGGUUUAAUCUGCCAGCCCCAGCCUUUUCCUCUAUUAAUAUGCACUAGCUGGAUAUCACUACAUUUUUCCGGUAAAUCUUGCAUCACACUUCAUGUUUAAUCUACGUUGAGUGCUUCUUCACUAAGACAGUCUUAUGUUACCUACUUUAGUUUUCAGAGGCGUUCAGUGAUUAAAUUCACACAGCACUAAACAGGAAGCAGAAUGGCCCAUCACUGUUUGGUUUUUAGGUGGCCUGCCUUUUGACUUUGCCUGGAUUUGAUUUCUUACUUUUGUCCCUUCUUCCAAAAACUGCUUGUGUGUACUGUAUGUGAGAAAUUGUUUACAUUGUGGAAACUGAACUGUUUGUGUUUGAGAAAUGUUUUUUUCUAGAAUAAAGAAACAACAAAAUCA